CUCCCUCGGGUCGCGUGACAUAGCGCGCUCUGGAAGCCAAUCAGCUCGCGCGUUCCCGCAGCGCACUGACACGGACACACUCCGGAACUGCGUGUGUUCAUAUGCUGGGCGGUUUUGUCACGAUUUAAGAAAGAACACUCAUUUUUACCUCUUCGUUUCGUUUCGAUUCGAUACAUCCGGAAAUAUAUUUCCUCCACUUUUUUUUUUUUUUUUUUUUUGGAAAUACGCGGUUCCUCGUUUGCCAAGCUGUCAUUCCAAUGGAUUAGAUUUAAGGUUUCGCGCUCGCGCACUAACCGGCCAACAAACUUUGACGCUGUCCGUCACUUUUAUGGCCUCUGCUUCCAAUGAUGUCUAUGAGCUUCGCGCCUGACGGCUUAGGUUCUGCGGAUACGUCCAAAUCGGCGUUUUUAGAGCUCGGCCACGGGAUCCCCGCCAGCCAGCAGCACUUUUCGGGACUCGCGACUAACGUUUACCCCGCGCACGGGCUGCACUCGGGAGGACACCCGCAGCACGAGAGUCCCUUUCCCUCCGGCGCGUGCCACUACGGCGGGCCGCUCGGUUACGGCUACCCCGCGCCGCUCAACGCUCCUGCACCCGCUCCUACUUACUUACCCUACCAGCAGGGCAGCUACAGAAACCCACUGAGCCACGCGAGGAAUGACGAGACCGAUCACGAGAAGCAGCCAGUGAUUGAGAACGGAGAGAUCCGUGUGAGUGGUAAAGGGAAGAAGAUGCGCAAACCGCGCACCAUCUACUCGAGCCUGCAGCUCGCCGCGCUGCAUCAGCGCUUCCAGCAGACCCAGUACCUCGCGCUGCCGGAGAGAGCGGACCUGGCAGCCAAACUGGGCCUCACACAGACGCAGGUUAAAAUAUGGUUUCAGAAUAAGCGCUCCAAAUAUAAGAAGAUCAUGAAGCAUGGCCCCACCGGACCUGAAGGAGAUCUGCAGGCCGCCCGUGCGCAUGCGCAGUCGCCCUGCUCUCCUGUGCUGCCAGCUCUCUGGGACGCGCCGAUGGCUGGCAAAAGCGCGCACACGCAUCCCGGCGGCUACAUGAACAGUUUCGGCCAGUGGUACCCCUCAUCCCAGGACACUUUACCCAGACCUCAUAUGAUGUGACUCGUGUGUUUGCUACCGACAUUCUACCGGUAUAGUGAUUAUACGACAUGUGUCAUAUCGUGUAAUACUGCAUAUCGAUACAAAGUCGCGUCGGCAGGUUUCCCGUUUUCUGAGCGUUUGUGUUUGACCUCCAUGUGAGAAUUCUUUUAUUAAAGUGUAAAUACGGUCGUGUGUUUAAAGGGCUUGUGACUUUAUCCUUGAACAGGUUUUGUUGUCAAUUGCUUGUUGAUAUUAUUAGUCAUCGGUGCUUUUCGGUUUUUAUUCAGACUCCAUUAAUAUUUGUUUUGAAUAAAAGGACUGAUGAAAGGCUGCCAAACACUGUGUCGCCAUGCCAUGUGAUUAAACAAAAUUGUUGCCGAAGAAAAUUCUGGAUGAAGUCCAGACAAAAAAACACUCAAAAAACACUCAAUUAAACACAGAUUAAACUCGCGACACAACAUCUACUUCACUUCCCCUUUUUACUCAGGACUUUCAGUUCACUGAGCACUCUGCUAAAAAAUAUCUCCUAUUUCUACACCAUGUCUACUCACAAGACUUGCUGAAGAGUAACUCUAUAAUUCAGGUUAAAAUAACAUAAAAUUGGAGCUUAUUGGACUUUAUUUGGCUUAAUAUUCUCUGCAUUUGUGUUUUGCAUCAAGCCUGACACAUUAUCCUUUAACUAAGCCUAACUUAAUCCAUGACCCAAAUGAUUUCAUGUAAUACAAAUUGCUGAACACUUUCUACAGAAUUCUAUAAUGUGACUUCAGAAAUCAUUUUAGAGAACACACAAAUACUGUAAAAAUCACAUUCAUUUCACAAGUUACGCCCCGAAACUGCACAUUCUGUGAAUUCAAGUAAACACACGACAUGAUGUCAAAAUGUUCAACACAUUUUUCACAAUUAAUGACUGUACCUUUAAUUUCAGAUGUGAUUUUUAAAAAAAUAAUUCAUUUAUUUUCACAUGUUAAUUUUUCACUUAUAUUGCACACUUUUAUUUUCACAUGUGAUAAUAAAUGUAUGAUGUGAGAAAAUCACAUCUGAGAAAUUAAACUAUAUUCAUCCUGUAUGUGAAAUGUAAAUGCAUCAUGUGAAAGAAAAUCACACGUGAAAAUCAAAGCACACGCACUGCACGUGACAAAUUAAUGUGAAAAUAAAAUAAACUUGGAGAAAAAUCACGUUUCAAAUAAUAAUACAUGCACUAUAAUGUGCAAAACGUCACAUGUAGUGUUUAAAAGACACAUUGUGAUGUUUUCAUCUGUAAAUUCUUGUAAUUUUUUCCUGUAAGGGAAUUACAUUAUAAAACAAUGGUCUAUAAAAUCAUCAUUUAUUUAUUUUCAUUAAAUGAACUGAACUGCAACUUUCUUUUGCUCAGUCGCAUGAGUGCUGUAAUGAACGACAGGACAGGCUAGCACAAAACAGAAAAAUCCAUUUAGGAUGAAUUAAGGAUUAAUCUUAGGUAUCAUGUACAACUUUAAUUUACAGUUGUCUGUCUUGUGAUGAAGUACACUGAGUGAAACAAGUGGAUCUAGCUUCAUAUGAUCCCACUUACACACAAAACCUAUAUCCAAAAAGGAUUUUCACUUUGUGUGUGUGAAAUUGCUAGAACACAGGUUUAAUUCCCACAAGCCUACAACUGCCAGGGUGCUUUGAAAACGGCUGAGGUAGUACUGACACAUUUAUAGACAUACCAUCAUAGUUUAGUAUCUGUAGUAUAUUAUCAUACACAAAAGCCCACUAAACCGAACCUGCAGGAAAUGAGGGUUCAAAAUUUGAAUAAACUGGGCAGAUUGUGGGCAGACAGAGCAGUGGAAAACACAAGAAGCUGUCUGCACCUUUAAAGGUAAUUUCCUUAAGAAAAUUCAGACAAAUGCUUGCUCAGCAUCUGGCAGUGUAAUCUGGCACCACGGUCUAAGCUACAACUGUGAGAAAACGUCUUAUAAUAAAUGGUUUGUGCAAAGGAGAAUUUUUUUUUUUUUUUAGAAUGGCUGUGUA